AUGACCGACCAUUGCCCACUUUGUGAAAUGAUGAAUAAAAAUGUGAAAAAUGUAAGAGUAGAUAGAAUUGCAAAUUUAAUCCAAGAGUAUGACAUUGAACAAGUUAUACACAUCAAAGGUCGUGAAAAUUGUCUGGCCGAUUAUUUAUCCAGAUAUCCAGGAGUAGAAGAUGAUAAAUUAAAUGAUAUCGAAUAUGGACUUGAAAUCAUGACGCUGAGAAAAAGAACAAAUGUUCAGUACAAUGAAAACAACUAUGAUUUUAAUUCGGAUCCUGGUUCAAGUUCAUUACAGCUGAAAACAGCGCGUGAAACUAACUCCGAACUGACUGAAGAAAAUGUAGAAAAUUUUGAUAAUGAAUCUGAUGAUGAAGGAGAAGAACCAAUUCCACAAAUUAUACCAAAAAACUUCUCUUCUAAUCAUUUUGAUAUUACUAUUUUAAAAACUGAACAACAGCAUGAUCCAGCUAUUCAACAAAUAAUUCAAAAUUUAAAUAAUCACCCAGAUUCCACCAUGAAAGACGGAAUUAUAUAUAAAUUAUUGAAUAGAAUACACAAUACUGGAACCAAAACACAAAUUGUAUAUCUACCUACAUCAAUGAUCAAACCAUUACUCUAUGCAGUUCGCAAUGAUUCAAUGACUGGUGUUCCACCACCAGACGGAUUGUUUCAGUUGAUCGGUACGGACCUUUGCGGUCCUUUUAAACGCACACCUCGUGAAAAUCAAUAUGCACUUGUGCUAACAGAUCAUUUCACAAGACAUGUAACAGCAUUAGCACUUCCCGAUUGCACGGCACAGACAACAGCGUCAACAUUAUUCAAUGAUUAUUUCUGUAAAUUUGGAAUAUCUUUGGUAAUCCUGAGUGAUCAAGGUCCACAUUUCCAAAAUAUGUUGAUGCAAAACAUAUCAAAAUUAAUUGGAUAUAAUCACAUCUACUCAACUCCAUAUCAUCCACAAACCAACGGAAUAGUUGAGAGAUUCAACGCUACAUUCGUGCCACAAUUAGCCAAAUUGCAAGAUUCUGAAGAUAAUAAUUGGGACGAAUAA